AUGCAUCAAGUUUCGGUAAUCAAACCAAAGCGUAAUAGUCUUCAUGAGUUACCAAAUGAUUUUUAUCGACAUUGUAAUAAUGGAAACGUGAAGCAUGUUCGUGAUGCGAUUAUGAACAAUGUGAAUAUUUAUCAAACGUUCUCUGACAUGAAAUUAACACCGCUGCUUUUCGCACUUCAUACGAAGAAGGAACAUUUAGUGAAUAUGUUGCUCGACGUUUAUGAACGUGAUCUUGAAGUGUUGAAAGAUACAAACUUCAAUCGAGCAUUCAUGGCAUACGAGUCUGAUUUAAGUGAUGAGUUUUAUGCGUGUUGUGUUGAAAGAUUCUCAUCGGAAGCAGACAUUGAACCAGUCCUCGUCAAAGUAAACAAUCAAGAACUGCCAAAAUGUUUUUACUUUCGUAAACAGCUGCAAAACAAAGAUGAUUCAUGUUUGAGAGUUUUGAGAGACCUUGAACAAAAAAAUGGAUUAUGUGAUCUUAAUUGGAGAUUUAUUUGGCCAUUUCAUCCUGAUGACUACAAACAUGGCGAAUCUUAUCUACAAUUAGCUGCUUAUUUUGGAAUGAUCAACGUUUCCAAGAGACUUUUAACAAACAAAACUGUUGACAAACACAUGAAAAGGUUAAAUUUACUUCCACUCCACUACGCAAUCAAUUCAAAAAGGAUUGAAGUUGUUAAGGCUUUUAUCGAAUAUUAUAAUAAUGAAUUUGUUGAUGAUAAAUCGUUCUUAUGGCAUGCCGUAACAUCACGAAACAGUGAAAUUUACGAAUUCAUCGUUGGUGAAAUGCUGAAAAUUGGAAAUUAUUCAUUGAAGGAAAUUUAUGCAAUCAACUUUGAUGUUCCAAUCGUUUCCAAUGUUAAAUUGGUUGAGGAUGUUUAUGAAUUGACGAUGAAAGCAACAGGAAAUAGAAAUUUCAUGUUUCAAGCCGUCGAACAUUUUGUCGAAUUGCUUACAAGUUUAAUAGGAAGAACGAACAAAAAAGUAUUGAAAUUCUUUAUCGACAAUUCAUGCAAAUUGAAUAUUAUCGAGGAUUAUGGAAAUCGUUUAUUACACUACGCUAUCAGAUGUUGUCAAUCGAAUUUUGAAUGCUUUAAAUAUCUUCUUGAGUGUGAACCAAAAAUCGAUCCAAACGCUUUUCAUGGUGGUUCAAAUGCAUUCAUGUGUUGCCUUGCAGGAGCUAAUUUUAAUUUCCAAGUAUCUUGUGGAAUGUCUCUGUUUGACGCUUUAACAAAACACUGCGCAAUAAAUGAUGUGAAUGUGGUUGAUACGGGUGGAAUAUCGCUAAUCAUGUAUGCAGCAUCAUUCUGUGAAGAUUUGACAUUGAUAAAGAAAUUAAUUGACAUGGGGGCUGACUGUAAAAAAGUUUCUAACGAUGGACGAACAAUUUUCCAUUUUGCGACAUCAAAUCAAAAGAAUGAAGAAAUUUUUCCAUUUUUAUUAGAACAAGGAAUUGAUCCAAAAAUUGUCGACAUCAAAGGAGACAAAGCAAUUACUUUAGCUGCAAGAAACAGAAAUAACAUUGCAUUUCAAUUUCUAUUACAAUUUGAAACUGAUGAUGAACUUAAUGAGAAGUUUGGAAGAGAAAAGCAAACACUUCUUCAUAUUACAUCUCAAGGUUAUGAUGGUUUGAAUUUGGAAUUACUUUUAGACAGAAAUUUAUGUUUCGAUGCUAUCGAUAACAAUGGAAAUCAUUUUUUUCAUAAGAUUCUUCGGUUGCGAAUAAUUUUUGAUGAAUCAAAUGUCAGAAAAAGUAAUCUCUUAAUGUCGACUCUUCAAAAGAUGAAAGCAAGGAAAAUUCCAAUAAAAGUUAAUAUGAAGAAUAACGAUGAGGAAUCUCUCUUCAGUCUUGCUGUUCUUCACGGUCUUGAUGAAGUUGUAAAGUUUUUCCUGGAAAAUUAUUAUGAUGAAAUUGAUUUCAAGAUUAUAAACAAACGUAAACAAAAUUUAACUCAUAAAAUGUGUCGUUCUCAUAUUGUUGUCCGUUUUGAUGAACUUUUAUUGAAAUAUCCAAUUCUUCAGGAAGUUAUGAAUGAACAGAUGGUCUCCCAUAUACGAGAUAUUGAUGGAUUAACACCAUUGGAUUUUAUGAUUCCAUCACAUACUGGGAUUUUCAAAUCGUGCAUUGCUAAAUUUCUUAUAAAAUUCGUCGACAUGAAAAACCUACAAAAAUUUUUUUAUCUGUUUGUAAAGGAUUUAAAAUUAAUUGAAAGAAUAUCAGAAUAUUCCCCAAAAUUUUUUGAAGAUUUCGAGGAACAGGAAAGAUUUUUAGAGGCUUUAAUAGCAUCAUCGGACGAUGAAAUUACGUUUAAUUUUGUUGUUCAUCGAAUUUCAAUGGAAAAAGUUUUAUCAAAUUGGAAAGGCGGUAAAAACAUCUUGCAUUUAUUAGCGGAGAAAAACAACAAAGAAUUGAUUGAUUCUCUAUUAAAACGAUUGAAUUCUGAUCAACUGAACGCUCUUGCAACUCAAAUUGAUGGCCAUGGAAAAACACCAAAAGAUUUAUUGAACGAUGACAAUAAAAUGAUGUUUGAGAAAUGUUUCUGA